AUGAAUGAGCAUUAUGAUGUUAUUAUUCUAGGUACGGGGCUCAAAGAAUGCAUUUUAAGUGGACUUCUGUCCCACUAUGGUAAAAAGAUUUUAGUAUUAGACAGGAACCCCUAUUAUGGUGGAGAAACUGCAUCAUUGAAUUUAACAAAUUUGUAUAAUACUUUUAAGCCAAAGGAGAAGAUUCCAAGCAAGUAUGGAGAGAAUAGACAUUGGAAUGUAGACUUAAUUCCGAAGUUUAUUUUAGUUGGAGGUAAUUUAGUAAAAAUAUUAAAAAAGACUAGAGUAACAAAUUAUUUGGAAUGGCUUGUUGUAGAAGGGUCAUAUGUGUAUCAACAUCAAAAGAAAGGAUUUUUAAGCUCUGAGAAAUUUAUUCAUAAGGUUCCUGCUACUGAUAUGGAAGCUUUAGUGUCUCCAUUAUUAUCAUUAAUGGAAAAAAAUAGAUGUAAAAAUUUUUAUCAGUAUGUAAGUGAAUGGGAUGCAAAUAAAAGGAAUACUUGGGAUAAUUUAGAUCCAUAUAAAUUAACAAUGAUGGAAAUAUAUAAGCAUUUUAAUUUAUGUCAAUUAACUAUAGAUUUUUUAGGACAUGCUGUAGCAUUAUAUUUAAAUGAUGAUUAUUUAAAACAACCAGCAUAUUUAACAUUAGAAAGAAUAAAAUUAUAUAUGCAAUCUAUAUCAGCAUUUGGAAAAUCACCAUUUAUAUAUCCAUUAUAUGGUUUAGGUGGGAUACCUGAAGGUUUUUCUCGUAUGUGUGCAAUAAAUGGAGGUACAUUCAUGUUAAACAAAAAUGUUGUAGAUUUUGUUUUUAAUGAAGAAAAUAAAGUAUGUGGAAUAAAAUCAAGUGAUGGAGAAAUUGCUUAUUGUGAUAAAGUUAUAUGUGAUCCAAGUUAUGUUAUGCAUUUAAAAAAUAAAAUUAAAAAAAUCGGACAAGUCAUAAGAUGUAUAUGUAUUUUAAGUAAUCCAAUACCAGAAACUAAUCAAACAAAUAGCUGUCAAAUUAUUAUUCCACAAAAUCAAUUAAAAAGAAAAAGUGAUAUCUAUAUUAAUCUUGUUUCUUUUCAACAUGGUGUUACACUUAAAGGAAAAUAUAUUGCCAUCGUAUCAGCAACUGUAGAAACAAAUAAUCCAAUAAAAGAAAUUGAAAAACCAUUAGAACUAUUGGGAACAAUAGAAGAAAAAUUUGUCAAAAUUUCUGACUUGUAUGUAUCUACAAGUAAAAAACCAGAUGACAAUAUUUUUGUUACCUCUUCAUAUGAUGCCACUUCUCAUUUUGAAACAGCUACAAAUGACCUUUUACAAAUAUGGGAAAAUUUAUGGGGACAAAAAUUAAAUUUUGAUGAUUUAAAUACAAAUGCUGAUGGAGAAGCUCCAGAUUUUAACUAA